GAUCGAUUAUUCUUUCUCUCGUCGACCUCUAAGUGGUCAGCUCGGGUGAAAUGUCCUUUAAGCUCCAAAAUACUCCAAAGUCAUAGCUUUACUCCGAAAUGCACCUGAACCUGAAAACAUACCUAGAAGAGUAGAAAACAUAGAUAUAUAUAUAUAGUAAAAUACUUAUAUACCAUAGAUAAAAAUGGGUCAAAUCCAAGGUAUAUCACCAGCAAAUGUUAAAGUAACCAAAACAUAUUAAACUAAAAGAGUAAAUGACAAUUAUGUCCUCACGUAUAACUGUAAUUAAUUAUUUAUUAAAUAUUAAAAUAUAAAUAAACAUUAAAAAUAAAAAAUAAGAAAAGCAAAAUGAUUUUUUCAACAAAAUAUUUUCAAAAAAAAUCAUCAAUUUUUUAAAACAUCUUUUAAGCGAUUUUUCUUUAAUCCAAUUUAGGCAGGUCUUCCUGAACGUGUAGGUUAUCUUCCUAAAAUCGUUAAAAAAAAUUCUAAAUUUAGGAAUGCUUUCAUAAAUGGGUAAAUAGACUUUUUGAAUGUGACAUGUAUGUAUAUUUAGGAAAUUCUUCGUAAAUAUGUAUGACAUAUUUCUGAAUUUGAUUUAUAUAUAGAUUUAAGAAAAUUUUACUCAAUACAAUAUAACAUCUUGGGAACAUUUAUAAAAUUGAUUUUAAAUAUGUCUAAUAUCUCUAUUAAAUUUAGAUAUCAAAUUCAAGGUCUUCCAAAAAAUUUAGAACGAUGUUAUAUAUAUAUAUAUAUUUAAAAUUUCAUAAAUAUAUAUUCAUGAAGGUAUGUUAUACACUAAAUAUACAUAUAAUUCAAAUUCCAUAAGGUCUUCCAAUAACUUUAGAAAGAUGUUAUAUAUAUUUAAAAUAUCAUAUUUUAUAUAUUCUUGAAGGUAUGUUAUACACUAAAUAUACAUAUAUAGAGAGAUAGAAGACAGAAAGAAAGAGAAGCACAUGCGGUUUCGUAUCCUUUCUUCUGCAUGUACGUUUAUAUGUCUCAGUCUGCCAUGAGGCUUUAUCUAUUUAAUGAAUUCUAGCUUCAGUGAUUUUUACCAUCAGGCAUUUACUAUCUCACAGACCUUUCUUCUCAAUUUCUUCUCUUCCAUACAGAAUCUUCGGUCCAGAGAAAGCCAGAACACAUACUUCUCUCCUGACCGUUGUUAUAUUUGGAAAUAAAAAAAAAUUCAAUCUCUCCUUCAUUCCUUUCCAUUCAAAACUCGAGAUCUAACCGAUAAAACAGCCAAAAACGUCAAAGCAGGUUUCUGUCGGAAAAAAAAUAAAAUUUUGAGUAUUAUUUGGAAUUGUGUCUGUCUAAAAGAAGAAUAUGGUCGAGGAUGUCAAGAACGUUCAGGGAGAUGUACUUCCUCGAAGCAGCUCCGGCUUAUUAGACGAUGAUGGCCGUCCCAAACGAACCGGGACGGUGUGGACAACAAGUGCACAUAUCAUAACAGCAGUGAUUGGGUCAGGAGUACUGUCUCUGGCAUGGGCUAUUGCUCAGCUUGGUUGGGUGGCUGGUCCAGUGGCAAUGCUACUCUUCUCUUUUGUCAGUUAUUACACUUCUACUCUCCUCGCUUCUUGUUACCGCUCCGGGGACCCUGUCACCGGCAAGAGAAACUACACUUACAUGGACGCUAUCCACUCAAACCUCGGUGGCAUUAAGGUGAAAUUAUGUGGAAUUGUGCAGUAUGUUAAUCUCUUUGGUACUGCAAUUGGUUACACUAUUGCAUCAGCUAUAAGCCUCAUAGCAAUCCAGAGGACAACUUGCCACCAUAACAAUGGGGGAAAAGCACCAUGUCCUGUCAAUGGCAGUGCUUACAUUAUUGGGUUCGGUGUAUUACAAAUCUUAUUAUCGCAGAUUCCUGAUUUUGAUCAGUUAUGGUGGCUGUCCCUCGUCGCUGCAGUCAUGUCUUUUGGUUACUCCACCAUUGGGCUUGGCCUUGGAAUCUCCAAAUUGGUUGAGAACAAAGAGAUUAAAGGCACUCUCACUGGAGUCAGCAUUGGGACAGUGACACCCACCGGGAAAAUGUGGAGAACCUUUCAGGCUCUUGGAAAUAUUGCGUUUGCAUAUGCUUACUCCAUGAUUUUCGUCGAGAUUCAGGACACGUUAAAAUCACCGCCUUCUGAAGAAAUCACGAUGAAGAAAGCAGCUCUCGUAAGUGUGGCAGUAACGACCUUCUUCUACACGCUCUGUGGCUGCGUGGGGUAUGCAGCAUUCGGAGAGUCUGCACCCGGAAACCUCCUCGCUGCUGGAGGCUUCACAAACCCGUAUUGGUUGCUUAACAUAGCCAAUCUCGCCAUAUUGAUCCAUCUAAUCGGAGCUUACCAAGUCUAUGCCCAACCAAUCUUUGCCUUUGUCGAGAAAAAAGCUUCCAAGAUGUAUCCAGAGAGUAAGUUCGUCACAAAAGAGAUAGAGAUUCCACUCUUUUCUGGAUCCAAGCCCUUCUGUUUGAAUUUCUUUAGGCUCGUGUGGAGGACGGUCUUUGUGAUUACAAUAACGUUGAUCUCAAUGCUAAUGCCUUUCUUUAACGAUGUUGUUGGUCUCUUGGGGGCCAUUGGCUUUUGGCCUCUAACGGUUUAUUUCCCUGUGGAAAUGUACAUUGCACAGAAGAAUUUACCGAGCUGGAGCAGACGAUGGCUUUGUCUUCAAGUCUUGAGUUUGGUUUGUCUUAUUAUCUCUUUAGCCGCGGCAGCAGGAUCUGUAGUUGGCAUUGUUAGUAAAAUCAAGACUUACAAACCUUUCCAGUCGGAUUUCUGAGAGGCUACCAGAAAAAGUAAAAAUCCUGCAAUACGGAUGAAACUAGAAUGCAGAUGUUGUAAUCUUUAAAUAAUGUUUAAAAGAAAUCUUAUAAUCUUUUUAACAUUAUUCGAAAAGUUAGUUUUCAACUUGUUGUGUUCAUGUUAAUUCUAACGGUGGUUAAUGACAAAAAUAUCUUUAGUAAAUUAAAUUAUUAUAUCUAACAUAAUUAUUAUAACUUUUUUGUUUUUCUCAUAUAUUGUUAAUUAGAUUUUUAAUUUUUGCUUUCUUUUUCAAAUUGGUUUCCAAAUCAUUAAAGAUAAAUAUUUUUUAUAAAAUUCUAAAAUGUGGAUAUAAUAUAUAUAAAAUUUUGAUUUUAAAAAAGGAAACUAAAACUAAGCUUUAUAUUUUUAAACGAUAAUUUACCUUUAAACAUAAUAUCAAAGUCACAAUAUUUAUGCCUUACUGAUAUUUUUGUCACAGAUUUUAAUUUUAACAAUUUAUUCAGGUUUCAAAAUCAAAUAUAUAAAAAAGAAAAACACUUCAAAAUUUUAAAAUAAUAUAUUUUGUAUAUGAAUUGAUUUCGUUAAAAAAAUCCACCAAAUAAGUUUGAUAUUUUAAUAAAUAAGUAAAUUUCCCUUUAAAACAUAAUUGCAAGUAUAUUUAAUCUAAGUUUAUAUGAAAAAUUAAAAAAGAAAAUUUCUCUGUUUCCAUCCUCAUAUGUAUAUUUUACAGAGUUGAGUUUUUUUCUUUUUGCAGAGCGGACGACACAUCUCAUAUAGAAUGACUAUCACGUUCCAUUGAUGAAUAAUUUUAUGAUUACCAUCAAAUCCAUUAACCAUGACCGUCAAUCAAGAGCCCAUCACCUUCUGUAGCCGAAACAUGGGCACUGAUCUUAACAAGAAACUCAACGCCAAACCAAUGAUGGCGAAUGGCGGAGAGAAAGGAGGUGCACACUAUGCGUCAGAGUAAACACAUCAUCCAAGAAACCUCGUGUACAAAAUUCACCACAACAUAGCGUCCACGAAACCUCAUCUACAAAACUUUCUAGGAUUGAGAACUUGAUUUGUGAAACCUCAUCCAAAGAAACUUUGUCCAUGAAACUUUGUAGGAUUGAAAACUUUGUCCACCAAACCUCAUCUUUGAUAGUAUGAUUGAAAACAUUAUCUAUGAAACUUCUUUUUAGGAUAAAAUCAGAAACAACUUGGAAAAUAUAUGUAUUGAGAAAAAUGUGAAGACAAACUAUAUUGUGUGUUCAAUUAACAUGAAACUAUGUGAAAUGAACAUCUUUCAAAAUAAAAUAAAAAAUGUCAGUUUAAUAAGUUAUAGAUGAAUUAUUAUAUCCAUGAUAUAAUUAUUUCUACAUAUGAUUAUACAACGAUGAUUUUGAAAUGAUUUAUCCACAUUAUUAAAAUAUCAAUGAGACUAUUGUCCACCAAACUUGUAUCCACGAUUUUCUUUUCUGUACAUUAUAUAUAUAUAUUAAAAUAUAAAAAUAAAUGUUAAAUAUAAAAAGUAAAAAAAGAAAUAUAAUUAGUUAUAUCAAACAAAUUAGUUAUUUAAAAAAUUAGCAAAACACACACAAAAAUGAAAAGAACACUAAUAAUACAAAAUAAU